AGAGCGGGAAGUGAGGUACCCUCGGGUUCCAGACUGCGGCGGCCUUUCCAGAUGAGGGACCUGGUUGGUGCCAUUGGUGACGGCCAGCUUCUCUAUUCAGGCACCAGCCCUAGCUAGGAGAAGACCCCCCCAAAUUCUGCUGGCCUAUGGAAGUGAGCUGAGGCGGAUCUCCAAGUAGCCGGCACAGAUCGAAAGAUCCGAGCCGCGGAGGGAAGCUCCGCCCCUAGGCGGGGUCGUGAAGUCUUGCCUGGCUGGGAGAAACCCGAAGGGGCCGCCCCGGGGCGGAGCCCGGUAGCCAUGGCCGCGCCCCCGGGGGCAGGUCCCGCUUCUCUGCGCUUCGCAGCCGCAGCCAGCUGGCGAGUCGUGUGCGGACGCUACGUGGAACAUUUCCCACGAGUACUAGAGUUUCUGCGAUCCCUGCGCGCAGCGGCCCCUGGCUUGGUUCGCUACCGGCACCAUGAACGCCUGUGCAUGGGCCUAAAGGCCAAGGUGGUGGUAGAGCUGAUCCUGCAGGGUCGGCCUUGGGCCCACGUCCUGAAUGCCUUGAAUCACCAUUUCCCGGAGUCUGCACCUGUAGUGCGGGACCCCAAAGCUACAAAGCAGGAUCUGAGGAAGAUUUUGGAGGCACAGGAAACAUUUCGCCAGCAGGUGAAGCAGCUGUCGGAGACCCCUGUGGAUUUGGCCUCGAAGCUGCAGGAACUUGAACAAGAAUAUGGGGAACCCUUUCUGGCUGCCAUGGAAAAGCUGUUUUUUGAAUACUUGUGUCAGUUGGAAAAAGCACUGCCUGCACUGCAGGCACAGCAGCUUCAGGAUGUGCUGAGUUGGAUGCAGCCUGGAGCUUCUAUCACCUCUUCUCCUGCCUUGAGCCAAUAUGGUGUGGACAUGGGAUGGCCACUUCCAGAGUGCUCUGUUACUGAUUCACUGAAUCUGACAGAGCCCAGGGAACAGACUCCUUCUCAGCAACCAAGACUAAUACUCCACAAUCCUCUACCAAAAGCCAAGCCUGACCCAUACUUUCCUCAGGGACCAGCUUCAAGAAAGCACCCAGAACCUCUAACUGGACACCACUUCAAUCUGGUCCCACUAGGCCGACGAAGAGUCCAGUCCCGAUGGGCAUCCACUAGGGGAGGACAUAAGGAGCGCCCCACGGUCAUGCUGUUCCCCUUUAGGAGUCUGGGCUCACCAACCCAGGUCAUAUCUAACCCUGAGAACAGGGAAGAGCAUGGAAUACAUGCAGCAGAUCCAGCAGGUUUUGUGGGUACAAGAGCAGCCUUUUCUGGAAAGUCUACAAGUCCAUCCCAGACCCUGGGGGCAAGAGUUCUGAAAGAGAACCCAGUUGACUUGUCUGCCUCAAAACGAAAGGAGAAUUGUUUGGAUUGCUACAUGGACCCCCUGAAACUAUCGUUAUCACCUCCUAAGACCAGAAAGAAAGCUUGUCCUCCGUCCCUGUGCAGCUCUGUCAUUACCAUAGGGGACUUGGUUUUGGACUCUGAUGAGGAAGAUAAUAGCCAGAAGGAAGGAAAGGAGUCUCUGGAAAACUAUCAGAAGACAAAGUUUGACACCCUGAUCCCCACCUUCUGUGAAUACUUCCCCCCUUCUGGCCCCAGUGCCAUGCCUGUCCCUUCCCAUGACCAUAUAGAUAGCUCUAAACCCCUAUAAUAGGAAAGGAAUGCUCUCUGUCCUCUGCCCAUCUCCUGUCUCCUCAGCUCUGCAAGCAAUUUAGUGGAAAUGAAAUGGAAGCCCAGGCUUGGUUUGACUACAAUGCUAAAUACUU